AUGUCUUUCGCAACGUCAGAGUGGGUCCAGAAGGAAUUGGGCACCAUUCGAGGACUGGUGGAUGACAACACGGACGACUUUUCCUAUGCUGCUCGACGAGAUUUGGAAUGGAUUAACGAACACAUGGAUGAUGUCCUAGACACACGAUUUAGCUUAUCAACAUUGCUACAGACUCCAGGACGUCUCAAGGGCGCUCCUUCUCCCCGAAAAGCCCGUCUGAUGGCUAGAGCGCCUCAGAGUGGACCUCUGUCGCCCAAGAGCAUGAACUCCAUGAACAGCGGCUUCCGAAAGGCCGUGGCUCGAGAAUUGGAGUACUCCAACAAACCGAACAAUCGCGGCUCGAGAUUGAAAGAUCGCUCGGUUCCUAGCACAAACCCAUCGGCUUCUGCCUCUGCCGUCACCAUCUUCUCCGACGGUUCACCUGAUGCAUCUUUCCAUUCCGCCGAGGAUGUCACAGAGACUAGUGUCGCAAACAACAACAUUGAUACCAACAACACCGACAACAUGAGUGAACAACCCUCUGAUCACACAGAGCACGUCAUUGCCGACACAAAUACACUGCAGGUAGAGAAACACGAGCUUCCUGUACAUGAGCUUCCCGUUCGUGAGCUUCCCGUUCAUGAGCUUCCCGUUCAUGAGCUUCCUGUUCCUCCUCAGAUGGAGCCCGAGUCUGAGUUUACUUUCACAUCGCUUCCUCCUCGGGAGCCUUUGACCGCUAAAACUCCAGGUUCAGACACCGUCAAGCCCUCAGCCACCUCGCUACGAGUCCAGAGAAUCCGUCAACAUCUCGAAAAGUCGUCCGGAGCAAAGUUCUCCUCCAUGAUCAUAGAUGGAGACGAUGACUUUACCAAGAGUGCCGCUAUCGGCGAAGUGGAGCCUUCUGACAAGAACGUUGCCCCUGCUGCUACUUCUGUCCCUGCAGUUACUCACAUUGCUGCACCUACUCAAACUAGCCGUCAGCUCAACUCACCCAUCAAGCUGCGAAACCCUCACACCGGUUCUCCUUCCAAGAUCGGAUCGCUCUACCCUCCCAUUUCACCUUCGAAAAGCUCAAACAUCUCUUCCAAGGAAAACUCACAUGGACACUUCUUUUCUGGUGCUAUUCGAAGAGCCAAGAUGCUCCUAUUCCAGGACGACAAGAAGGAGAAUGUCCCGCAGCAUCCCCACACACCCAAGCAGCCCCCAGCCAAUCUUUCGCGGCUCAUGGCUCCUACAGCUUCUUCCAGUGCUCGAUCACCAACCCGGUCUCCUACUCGGUCUCCCAGUAAGCUGUACCCCGAGAUUCGGUCGCCCACAAAGAUCCCCGAGCCUCGACAGCCUGCAUCUCCCACCCGAAUUGCUUCCCCCGUCCGGGUGGCCAGUGGAGCCUCAUCUGUGGCGUCACUCGACAUUGGAACACCCCGUGUGUUGAGACAGCCUAGUGUCAAGGCUUCCACAAACUCCCGAACAUCUCGGGUGCCAGUCCCAAAAGCUGCUGAGCGGUUCACCAGACGACAGGCCGAGAUCCGGGCCAAGGAACAGGAGACCAAGGAGAAGGAGGAACGAGCUGCUGCCGAGCGAGAAAAGGAGCAGCUUGAAAUGCGAGAGCUUGCCCGACAGGAGCGGGAGCGCAAGGAGGCUGCUGCUGUAGCUGAGCGAGAACAACAGCGUCUCUUGGCUGCUGCCGAAGAACAGCGACGACGUCAGGCUGCUGCCGAGAAAGAGGCACAACUGGAGAGGGAACGGAAGGAGCGUUCCGAGCGGGCUCAGCGAGCUCGACGAGAACGACUCAUUCGAGAGCGCCAGGAGCGUCUCGAGAAAGAGCGAAUGGAGAGAGAGCUGAAAGAGAGAGAGGAAAGAGAGGAGCAGGAGCGAGAGGAAAGAGAGGAGCAGGAACGCCUUGAGCGUGAGCGACUUGAGCAGGAGCGAAUCCAAGAAGAGCUUCUCGAGGAGGCCCGACUGGAGUCCAUGCGAUUGGAGAAGGAGAACAUGCUUCGUCAGCAGCAACAGCAACAGCAACAGCAACAGCAGCGACAGUCUAGAAAGCGAUCUUCUUCUGUUGGUGAUGAGGAGCAACAGCAGUCACAGAAGGUGCAUCUUUCCAAUAUGCGAAAGCCUCUAAGCUCGUCUACUCGAGUUUCUCAGAACCAUCGAGUAUCCUCUUCUAUCAUGGACUCGCCUCUUAACAAGCCCACCGGUUCAUUAAUGCGACAGUCGUUGCAGCGACAGUACAAGACCGGCCAGAUGGGCCAGAUGGCUCACUCUCGAUUUGGCAAAGCUGUUGAGGGUGUUAUGAUUUCCAACGACACCAUCAAGUUUGGAUCUUCAUCCACUAACGCUGCCACUGCAACUUCUUCAUCGACUGCCGCUGCUGCCGCCGCCGCUGCUGUUGCUGCCCCUCCCACUAUCACGUCAGGUUCAGGUGUUGCUACACCUCUGAAGCGAGUGGGACCCAACCGGCCUCUUCACACCACUCCCCAGCAAUUCCGAUCGCAGCGAACUGGUGCUUUCUCUUCGUCCAUGUCGUUUCAGGCCAAGCUGUUCAAACAACCUUCCUCCUCCACAGCACCUACCCCCGUGGCUUCUUCUAUGGGUUCCACUUUAGUGUCCGACCCCAUUACCCCUGCAGCUUCUCAUGUGCCCGUGACUCAGUUGCCCGAAAUCAACUCCGACUCUGAGGAUGACGAAGGAGACGGAAUUCUGCGAGACUGGGCCAACUCGCCCGAGCUGCGAUCGCUGUUGCUGCGACAGCAGGUGAUGGAUCCCGACCGAAUCUUCGGCCCGCUGCCACCUCUUCAGAUGGAAGAGAUUUUUGGCAAUUCCAAUAACGCUCGGGCAGCAAAGUUCCGAGGCCGAAGCUCCUCCGCCAACUGGUCUCGAGAUCAGCUUUCCCAGUUCGAAAUCGACUCGUACAGCGAGCAGAUGGGCUACAAAUAA